CAUGCCAUGGGGCAGCUGCGCCCCGCCUCUUAUAACGCUGGCUCUCACCGCCGCUGCCUACUCCUGCCUCUCUCCCUCUCCACCUACAUAACCUCCACGCCACCCAUCACACAUCCACACAACAAACACGGUCACAACUCUCCCUCGCACCCACCAAACUCUUUAUUCUCAACUCACAGACUACUUGUUCAACCACCCAACAUGCGCUCAAAGUUCAAGGACGAGCACCCCUUCGAGAAGCGCAAGGCCGAGGCCGAGCGCAUCAGGCAGAAGUACAACGACCGCAUUCCAGUCAUUUGCGAAAAGGUCGAGAAGUCGGACAUUGCAACCAUAGACAAGAAGAAGUACCUUGUGCCCGCCGACCUCACCGUUGGCCAGUUUGUCUAUGUGAUCCGCAAACGAAUCAAGCUGUCACCCGAGAAGGCCAUAUUCAUCUUCGUCGAUGAGCAACUCCCCCCGACGGCCGCCCUGAUGAGCUCCAUCUACGAGGAGCACAAAGACGAGGACGGCUUCUUGUACAUCACAUAUUCGGGCGAGAACACCUUCGGCGAGGCAAUUUGAAAGCCGCCACCUGACCACUUCC